AAAAUCUUGUGAAAGUAGCAUUAUUAUUGUUAAUUCAGAACAAUGGGUGUUUUCACAUUCGAGAAUGAAACCACCUCCACUGUGGCUCCUGCCAAGCUUUACAAAGCUCUGGUAAAAGAUGCUGAUAACCUUAUCCCAAAGGCUGUUGAGGCCAUCAAGAGUGUUGAAACUGUUGAGGGAAAUGGUGGCCCCGGUACCAUCAAGAAGCUCACUUUCGUUGAGGAUGGGCAAACCAAGUAUCUGUUGCACAAAGUUGAGGCAAUUGAUGAAGCUAACUUGGGAUAUAACUACAGCAUAGUUGGGGGUGUUGGGUUGCCAGACACAGUUGAGAAAAUCUCCUUCGAGUCCAAAUUGGUUGCAGGCCCCAAUGGAGGGUCCAUUGGGAAGGUCACUGUAAAGUACCAAACAAAAGGAAAUGCUGAGCCCAGUGAAGAGGAGAUCAAGAAUGGCAAAGCCAAGGGCGAUGCUCUUUUCAAGGCCAUUGAGGGUUACGUUCUGGCCAAUCCUGAUUACAACUGAACUAACUCUAUCAGUAAAAACCACCUUUAUAUAGAGUUUUGUUGCCUGUUAUACACUGUGUGCUUCAGUUGCACUUCAAUGCAACAACCGUUUUCUUUAUUUAUUUCC